GCUCAUAUCGCGGGCUUGCAGGUCAGAAAGUCGCCCCAAGCGUUGGGUAGCUGUUCACGUGGUCGCGUUUGAUGAAACGUACAGCCACCCUGUCAAUCUCACCGGCCAUUUUCCUCAGAACCACAUCAUGAGCAGUUCGCUCGAUACGCUUUGCGACGCAGUGACAAGCCCUUUGGUCGCCUCGCUACUGGAGACUCAUCCUAACGACCUAGCUGUAUCCAGAUCUUGGCCUUUCCGUGAGUCGUGGUGGGAAUGGGCGAAAGGCAGCUCAGAUGGAACGGAUCGUUGGAGGCAGAUCCUCGAAUAUAGUCAACUCGAUUCGGAAGCGCGCGCCUUGGGCAAAGAAUGGGACAUUCCUGUCGAACUUCGAGAUCUAAUUGAUCAACUAACCUCACUGUCCUUGCCCCGAGACGUUAUUCCGAUCAACGCUGUUGAUCCCUUCGAACUCUCGACACGAGGCAUGUCACCGAAGAAAGCUCACGAGGUCCACCAGAGUGUAGCCUACAUCUCCAAUCUUCUCAGCUCCUUGAACUUGGACGUACCGGCAGUGCGGAUCGUUGAUGUUGGAGCGGGUCAAGGAUAUCUAACUCGGGCAUUGCGAUCACAUCUCGGGACCACUCACCUUCUGGCUCUCGACUCUUCAGAAAUACAGACGCGGGGUGCUGAGCGUUGGCAAGAGCGGACGGGCCUGGUGGGAUCGAUCACCCAGAAGACGAUCCAUAUAACACCGCAGACCCUGAGCGACUCAGUCGACGAAUGGAUCCAGAGCUCGAAGGUACCCAGCUCUGGCGAGCCUGUUCCAGUGCUGUUUGUGGCUCUUCACGCAUGCGGCUCGCUUACUCCCGACAUUCUCCGAGCCUUCUUCAUGCAGCAGACAAGAGUAGGUCACGCAUGGUGGAAGCCUCUGGGAGUAAUUGCCAUAGGGUGCUGCUAUAAUCUUUUAGCUUCUCGAGACUUUCCACUCUCGACACAUCUCACAUGUAGACCCGAGCGUCUGUCCUUGCCAAUCUCGGCCUUCCAUCUGGCCGCUCAGAUGCCAAGUCAGUGGAUGCGUUCGCCCGAGAGUCGAGCAGACGCCGAACUGGCCCUGCGCAAGGUCGUCUGGCGAGCGAUCAUCGGCUCUCGCUUCUCUGCGAACGUCGAGUCCGAUAGCAUCGAUGGUCAGCCUGACGGAACGGGCGAUCGACCAGUUAUGCGCCGGUUAGGCCGAUUGAGUAAUGCAGUGUACACAGAUUGGGAAACCUUUGUUCGGGCUGCAAGUGAUCGUCUUGGCGCCGUUUUCGAGUGCGGCCCGCUCACUGGCUAUGAAAACGGGCUGAUCAGCGAGCUGGAGGUUCUCCACGUUCUCCGUUGUAUCGCGGGGCCGAUGGUAGAAAGUCUGUUCAUCCUGGACCGUCGAACGUGGGUCCAGGAACAGCUUGUUGGAUUAGUGGACGUUCAAGUCGCAGUCGUCAAUCUGUUCGACCAGGGAACCGGCAGUGGGCGGAAUGUCGCCCUCGUAGUCUCGCCGCAGGGUCCUAGGCCAAAUCGAUGAACAUGCCCCUCUAAAUAGCCUCGUGCCGGGUGCACACUGAGUUAGGCAAACGAGCCAGCUUGCAAGCGGAGUCCGGAUGCCGUGCACCGGCGGAUCCCAAUAUGUCAGCCAACGCUCAGACAUUAGACGCCCCGACACAAUCUGCCAAACAAGGACAGGUCUUUCAUUGUCGAAUUCCAUCAUCAACAGCAAGCGCUCUUGAUUCUCUUUUCCUCUUCGGAUGAACGUCCAAAUGCGACUCUGAUAUGAAACAAAUCAACAAUGCACCCAGGAUCUCAGGCCGCACCAUCUCCCUCUUAUCGAAUUCUCUUCCGGGUAAAGAACGGCGCCCCCGGCGGGUAUUUCACCACAUGAGGCUCGUAAAGAUGUCUGUGGCGCAAGGGGGCAAAGAUAAACAGCACAUGAAUGAAUUCCCCAGAUUCCCGAGACCCCACGGGUCAAAAUCAUGAUUGCAGCCGGAACCGGCAGACAUCCUGACCGAUUUUCACGCAAAUCUCGUCAAUAUCAAAACUUUUCACUGCAGCCGCCGACAACGAAAGUCUGUGUUCUGUAUCCAGGUCAGCGAGCAGUGUGGAGGGGAAACCCCUAAUGGUGGGAUAUUCCGAAGCAGCCUGUGGAGACUGUGGGUUUUCGUCAAGCAGGGCCCAGCCGAUAGAAGCAUGGAAACGAGGUUCAGAAUAGUAUACUUCUUGCCGGAUGGCCUGCAGAACAGGGUUGAGAGAUGCAGUAAGCUCAGAAAGCUACGAAACUAAUCAGAACAUGCGAGCAUCCUUGAACCGAGGAACGACUUCGUGAUGUCCGGCGCCUAUCUCGAGAGCCAGGAAGACUCGAGUGCGUUCAUCAUUGACGAGCUCGGUGAUACACGCCAAGGAAGCGGAGAAGCUAUCAUAAAUGCGUCAGGUCAUGGGAAACCGGAGUUCAUCAACCUACGGUCGCGUCCCGUCGGCGAUUCGUUUCACCGCCCGUUUCAAUUCCUCACGCUGAUGUGCCCGGACGAAUAUGGGUCGCGUAACGGAUAUAUGCAGUUCAGGCCGUCUGCCAUCCGGCGCGGAAAAGAAGUCAUUAAGAGCCGGCACUCGAGCCUUUGCGCUGGCAGUUAUCUUGCUGAUGGCGUCGAAGAGCUGAGAGCUCCGGGAUAACGGAACAGACGCGUAGACGUGGGUGGCAUAUUGGCCAUCGAUGUGGGGUGUUGAUCUCUUACGACCUUGAUGAAGAGCAGGGUUGUCGACGUGAGUUUUGCCUGCCAAUGUGGCCGCAAGUGUGGGAAGUUUUCUGCAGGCGAUGAGACAUGCGUCUUUCUCGUGGGACGGGCGGGAGGCACCUUUUCUUUGUUGGCGGAGAUUUUUCGGAAUCGGAAUCUUCAGAACUCGAAUAGGACACGAGCUGCACCGAGUCGCGCUUCAUGCAAAAGUUCAAGACUGUAAUAGAUCACGCGUCCGGCCAGCAUGAUUCAUGACAGAUAUCGAACUCAACGGAAGACUUAUCGAUUGCGAAAUGAGCGUCCAGUUCAUUAACAACCUCUCGGCCAGCGGCGUACCUGCGCCUCAUGCUCACGAGCACGGAUCACACUCCCACGACCACGGAGGGGAGCAUGGCCACACCCACGAACAUCUCGAUCAUGCCGGGAAAUUCUCCGAGCGGGACUUGCCCGAUUACUCUGGCCGAAACUUUGUAGAGAGAGGUUUCACUGUCGGGAUCGGAGGGCCUGUUGGAUCUGGGAAAACCGCACUCGCUCUUGCGCUCUGCAAAGCCCUGCGCAAGGAGUACAACAUCGCUGCUGUGACUAAUGACAUAUUUACGCGCGAAGACCAAGAAUUCUUGAUCAAGAACAAAGCUCUCCCUGCUUCGCGAAUCCUUGCCAUCGAGACAGGUGGUUGCCCGCAUGCGGCCAUUCGCGAGGACAUCAGCGCAAACAUGGGCGCGUUGGAAACAUUGCAGGCGACAUUCGAGUGUCAGCUGCUUCUUGUUGAGAGUGGAGGAGACAAUCUUGCGGCGAACUACUCGCGGGAGUUGGCCGAUUACAUCAUCUAUGGAGGAGACAAAAUCCCACGGAAAGGUGGUCCCGGCAUUUCACAGUCAGACCUUCUCGUCGUCAACAAGAUCGAUUUGGCACCAUAUGUUGGAGCUUCGCUUGAGGUCAUGGACCGCGACUCAAAGCUGAUGCGCGGAGACGGGCCCACUUUGUUCACCAGCGUCAAACAGGGCACUGGGGUCGACGAUGUCGUCAGUCUGAUCGUAGCCGCAUGGAAGACCGCUGGGAGACCAGGAAAACCCGGCGCAGUGGGAGACGUCGAGUGAAACGCGACAGGUGCAAUACAAUGUGUACAAUAUCUAUGCAUCAGAAGAAUCCGAAAGUCUGGCCAAUAAUAUCGCUG